AUGGCGAAAGCCAAUUGGCACAACUCUGUUAUGUCCGAUGCGUUAGCUUGUGUGGAGCGACAAUGUGAGAGAUAUUGUGCAGUGCCUAGAUUUCCACCGAGGAAGGUGACUGUCGUGGGCGCCGGGACAGACGUCGGCCGAGUAGCGUCGCUGUUUCUCAAGCAGCAAAAAGUAAUCAAGGUCCUAGCUCUGUACGACGAUCAGCCGGAGCACAAUGUGUGCGGAGUGGCUAAUGAUCUUGCGCAUAUCGACACAAGCACGGAUACUGAAGCGUACCAAGGAAGAAUGUUCCUUAAGGACGCACUACAUGACGCCGACGUAGUGCUGAUCUGCGGAGGAUGCUGCAUCCAGCCUCCUUGCUGCAACAGUUUAGAUCGUGACCUUUUCUUCUAUAACAUGCACCACGUUCGGACCACAACUAUAGCCUGUGCCCAGUUCUGUCCUCAAGCCAUCAUCGCGGUGCAAACGCCGCCCGUUGAUUGUAACUUUGCCCUUUGUGCCCACACACUGAAAAUAGCUGGAGUAUACGACAAGCGAAAAGUACUAGGAGUGAACGCGAUAAAUGCGAUGAGAGCCAAUCAGCUAUUCUGUUCCAUCACCGGUUCAGACCCCUCGAAAAGUCACACUCCUGUUGUCGGUGGUACUGGAAGAUGUACCAGGGUGCCAGUCUUUUCUGCUGCUAAAGCUGGAAACUUCCCGCAGACUCAAUUGGACUGCCUCACCCGCCUGGUAAGAGAAGCAGACGAGAUCAUCUGUAAGGUGAAGAGUAAUAGAGAACAAGGCCAUUUGUCCAUAGGUUUCUCCACCGCUCGUUGUGUUAUCAACAUCAUGCUGGGCUUAUUUGAAAGGCCGACUUUCAUAGACAGCGCACUGGUUGAACAAGGGGACCCAGCUAAGUGCUACAAUAUGCCGAUAUGUGCCACACCCGUCACUGUGGGGAGAAGUGGCAUUGUCGAGUAUGCUGUGCCAACUCUAAACGAGGGCGAAACCAGGCUAUUGGAAGACUCCAAGUAA